GUCCUUCGCGUCCCGGGGCUUUGGGGAGCGGGAGGCGCGCCCGGCCGGGCGGUGCGUGCGGAGGUGAACGGGCCGCUCGGGCCCGGCGAUGCCGGGACGCGUUCGGAGCGAGUCUCUCUCUGCUCCCGGCGGGGAGCGGGAGCGGCAGCGGCCCCGGGCAGGGCAGGUCGCGCUUUCCCCUCCCCGCAGUGCGCCGAGGUCGGGUUGGGCUGCUCCGACGCCAGCGCGAUGCGGAUCCCUAGCGGGGGCACCGAGACCAAUUUAAGGCGACGUCUGCGCCAAGAAUCAAGAAUGCUUAAACUGGAUUUAUUCAUCCUGCAACGUGCUUAAGACGCCUCUCCACAAAACUCUAUGUCUGAGGAGUUUAUUUCUGGGUGAAGAAUGCAGACUAUAAAGUGCGUGGUGGUCGGAGAUGGCGCCGUGGGAAAAACUUGUCUCCUCAUCAGCUACACCACCAACGCCUUCCCAGAAGAGUACAUCCCCACUGUGUUUGACAACUACAGUGCCCAGAUGACCGUGGAUGGGCGGACAGUCAGCCUGAAUCUCUGGGACACUGCGGGCCAGGAGGAGUACGACCGCCUGCGCACGCUCUCCUACCCCCAAACCAACGUCUUCAUCAUCUGCUUCUCCAUUGGCAGCCCCUCUUCCUAUGCCAACGUGAGGCACAAGUGGCACCCUGAAGUUUCUCACCACUGUCCAAAUGUCCCCAUCCUUUUAGUGGGCACGAAGAGAGACUUGAGAAGUGACCUGGAAACGGUUAAAAAGUUGAAGGAGCAGAGCUUGGCUCCCACUACUCCGCAGCAGGGGACUUCACUGGCUAAACAAAUUGGAGCAGUAAAAUAUUUGGAGUGCUCGGCAUUGAAUCAGGAGGGUGUUCGGGAGGUGUUUGCUGAAGCUGUCCGUGCAGUUCUGUAUCCUGUGACAAAGAAGAACACAAGAAAAUGUGUCUUGUUGUAGUUGCCUUGGGUGAUGGAUGUUGGAAGUUGACUAGAAUCUUGGAGGGCUUUUUAACGAGUUAAGUUGAAGAUUUGCAUCUUGCACUAACAGCUCUAAGCAGAAAAGGUUUAUACAAUGAAUAUUCCUGCAGUCUUACUGCUUCAGGGAAAGUGAGAACAGGUUUUUUUUUUCUGACUGAGAGGUCAAAUACCUACUAAAGUUCCAGUCUCCAGCUUCUCCAGGGAUCACUUCGUUAUUUUAGUGGAGGAAAAUAAGAGGAGACCUCUUUGAAGCCACUUCUUUACUAGCUAGCCAUCAGUUACUAGACUUGCUAAAAAGCACAAAUUCUGAUAACUUUGCUUUAAGUGUAGCUGCUGCUUUUCCCAUCCUUUAUUUACUGAUUGAAUUUGUUUUACAAACAGAAGUCUGGCUGUCCAGUUGUUUUGUCAAUUUUAAGCUUGAAAACAAUUUGUUUACUUGCAAAAAUGCCUGAACUAUUACUGAGAUUCACCUUGUAGUGAACUGUGAUUGAUUGUAUCAAGAGUUAGCAUUAGGCAUGGUUAAUGCAAUGAGCAAGACCAAGGGAAUACCUGCAAUGAUUUAUUAAUAGAAGCAGGAGCUGAUUUCUCCUAUGUAAGGAACUUAGAAUAAUGAUGACUCACUCAAAUGAGUGAUUUUCAUAGUUUUGAGGUGGAGAAGUGGAAGAGUAGUUUAGAUUCAAGUCUUCCAUAAUCUUCUAAACUGAGAUUUUAUUUCACUGUCCAAAGAGAUGUUGCACCCUGGGAAUAAACUUUUGACAAUUACCUUCUCAGGUUGACUGAGGUAUUUGGGAUGACACUUCUCAAAAUGAGAUUUUCAUUGUAAUCCCUUUGAUGAAUCCCAGAGACUUGACAGCAGCCUGUUUGCUCUUGAGGAAUUAAUUGGUUCAAUUCCUAAUAUUCUUGGGGCCACCAUCUGAGAUUUUUAUGGCAAAUUCCUUCAUUGUUUUUCUGUGAGAAGACUGACAGAAAAUUUGGAGGUUCUGUUUACAUGAACCCCUGUUUCUUCCUAUUUUCAGUUCAGUCUGUAAUGGUUAGCCAGUCACUGGAUAGGAUUACCUGGGCGUUUUUUUCCUCUCCUGGAUACUCAGUUAUUAUAAACUCUUUUUAACUGAAGUUCUAUUUACAUACUUCGUAAUUUUCUUUAGCAGCUCCAGUAAGUGGCAGCUGCCUUUUAUUUUCAGGAUGUGCACUGUUCUUUAUGUGUGGUUCCGGGACCAGCUGAGGAGUGAGCACAUGAGCCCUUCCUUAGACUCAACCUUCCAGCUCCGUGGUAUGAAAGCAGCAUGCUUCAAAGAUACUUUGUGUGAAACCACUGGUGCUGCACUGGGCUUUGUUGUCUGAAGUUGACAGUGCUGUCUUUGUCUGGCUGCAGCCUCAAUUGGUCAUUCAGAACUUGCUUUUUUUUGUGAUUCCCACACAUGCAAAACUGCACUGGUGUAUACCCUGGUCAGAAAAAAAAGUGCCUCAUUUUAGCAAGAUAACCUUGUUGAUGUAUUUUCUGUUAUUAGGGAUCUUGUGUUAAUUUGACCUUGCUUUAUCUGAUGCUGGCAGAAAUACCAUGUGGAUGGAAACAUUUGCAAUUGUGUCCUAAUUCCACUAUUUGAAAAGGAUGUGCCUUUCUUCAGCUGGUGUAACUGAUGCUGACACUAACUGCAGUUUUUUUAACCUGAGACAUGCUCGUUUUGGUACUGCUUUAGCCAAUUGCAACCCACAGAUUAUAAAUUGCCAUUAAUCCAAAUACUGGUGCCUGUGGUUGGUGAACUGACACAGAGUUCCAAAGGCUGAGCACAGGCAGCACCAAAACACCCGUUCUGCAGGAUGCUUGCAGAAGCCAACAGACUCUGCACAUUUUUCUUCACCAAGUGCCAUUGUCUGGAGUGUCUUCGUGUCUCUUGCAGUUGCAGAGGAAGUCCUGUUCCAGAUGUGGUCCUGCCGUGAAGGCUGUGAGGGUGUAGAGAAUUCACUGAGAUAACCUCUACUCACCAUGUUCUGCCUUUGCUUUAGCUGUAGGCCUUUAGUGUGGGCUGGGCUUGCAGGCAGCAAUUAACUCUGUGCCUUGUAAUUCAAGAUUAUUUUCUGUAGGUAAAUUUCAGUAACUGAGUAAAUAGACUUUAUCAUGUUUAAAAUGUAUUUAUUUAAGCCAGUGCACAUGGUUUGUUUUAAUGCUGGUCAGACCUAAAUCAACUGUCUAAUGACCCCGGUGCAAGCCCAUAACCUUUGCUUUAUUCAGAAAUGUACUUUUGAAAAUCUGUGAUAUGUUUGAACUAGUCUUAAGAGGUGCCUGAAAUUAAAAUUCUACCUUUUUUUUUUUUUUUUUUGGCCACAUAUAUUUGCAGUUUUGUACUGAAGCUACUACUGUUUUUAAAAAGUUUUAACUUUUUUACAUACUGAAAUCUUUUAAUCCUGUGCCUUUUUGUGGUUAUUCCUAACUGAAUUACAUGAAUUUUGUGGAGAAGAAAUCUUGUGAACAAGUAUUAUUGCACAACUUCUCCAUUUAUGUAGGCUCAAGCAGCCAUCCUGGAGUGGACUGGAAGAGAGUGUAGUGAGAUAAAAUUCAACUACUUAAUCAAUUUAUUUGAUUUGGUUACACUAUUGAUUACAUUAUGCCAGAACACCCUAUCCCCACUUAGAUUACUUAGCAAAUGGAUUGCACAACAGUGCUGAGGAGAAUAACAGGAUAGUGAUGAAAAUGAUCAGAGGGAACUUUGAACCAUCAAAGACUUUUUACUCACUUUGGAGAACGGGUUAUUUAAAUGCUGUGUAUUUCUGUCACCCUCUGAUGGGAGUAAAACUCCUGGCUAGUAGCUGGUUUCCUCCAGCCUCUGCUUUUCAUGAGGGUGAGCUUCAGGACAAAUCCAGCGAGCUUUUCUUUUCAGUGGGCAUUCUCCUUUCUUGAUCCUUUCCCCCCACCUUGGAAUUCUUGGUCCUUUUUUUUAAGUAGUCCAGUGCUUCAGUUUACAAUCAGUUCUGUUUCUUCCAUACUUUAUUUUUCUUCUGUGGGCAGUUGAACAAUACAGACUUCACAUAAUCCCAUGGCUGGAUUUUGUCUUGCUUUGGCAGGUCAGAAAACUCAGUGUGGGUUUCCUGAACAGUUGAAGGUCCUUCGGUUUCUUAUUGAAUCGAGAUGCAAUGCGUAUGCCUUAAUUCACAGAAGAGACUCAGUGUGAAGAUACAGAUUUUAACCUUUGCUUUGUGAAUGAUUUCUGAACUGCUUGGCUUUUUUUUUUUUGUUUUUUUUUUUUUUUUAAAUGCAGCUGAAGCUGAGCAGUUCAGGAAUUGUGUGUCCAAAGGAUAUCGAUGAGGUGUGCUUAGAUUUGGAAGUUCUUUCUUCAGUUUACAGCUGUAGCUAUUUCUAUGAAAUUUAAAAUAGAAGAACCUCCCUGUGCUUUGUCUCCGGGUGCUAAACCUCACUCUGUAGAAACCUUGGUGCUGCUUGGCCCGAUCCCGAGAAGUGGAUGGAUCUCAGAGGGGUCCCAACCCCCAGAGUGGGCAGCAAAGACUACCCAUCAGCAGUAGGAGCCCAAGACUCUGAAGUGUGGUACUGAUACAUACACUGGCAACGUGAUUUUAUGCUAUAAAAUAAUUUGUAUUACACCUAACAGUUUUAAAGGAUUUUUCCUCUUUUUUGUUUAAUAAAUGAUGCAUAAUUACAUGGUAAUAAACCUUUCCUCACCUGUC